UGUGUGUGUGUGUGUGUGUGUGUGUGUGUGUGUGUGUGUGUAGCCGUGGGUGUCCUGGUUGAGGAGCGACCCCAGACGGGAGGGGUGCGUCCUUGCCAAGCAGAUCCUGGGCCUUUACGUCUGGGACCCCUUAGCGCCGACCCUGGGCCUCUGAGGGGCUGGCUCACCUGCACAGGCCUUGGUGCCACCGGCUCUUGUCACCAGGGGCCACGAGGGGAUGGGGGCAGGUUAGGCCCCGAGGCCACACAGCUGCAGCCCUGGCUUUCACUCUGAGUCACCCGGGGGCUGUGCUCACAUUAGAGACCCUCUCUUCUCCUCCCAGCUCCUGUGCGGUGGCUGCCAGGGUCUGAAAGAACUGAGUGUCUGCAACAUCCCACGGCCUCGGGCAUCCAGGCCGGGGCCCUCCCCUGGUGCCCUCCAGGCCUUCACACACACAGAUACACGCGCGCACACAGAUACACGCAUGUGGAUGCACAGACACAGCCACCACCUGCCGCGGGCUGUGUGGUCUGCGGGAAACCCCAUCAUGGUGGCCGCUCGGUCACAGUGGCUCCCCGCCCCCAGGUCAGUGUUUCCCCCGAGAGAGCGAGAGUGGCCCCAUGAGGAGAAGUGGCUUUGCAAGGCGUGCCUCACGCUCAGGCCCCAGUCACUGUCAACCAACAGCAACUGAAUUGGCAGCCGUCUGUCUGUCCUUCACCCGGGACCCCAGGCCUAGUGAACUGUGCGACUCCUAAGCCGCUUGCCGACCACCCACUGUGUGCUGAGAAAGCGACCGCCCACUGUGUGCAGAGAAAACGUGUGUCCUGGAGGCGGGAGCAACGGGACAGGGUCACUGAGCCGCCCUCUGUGAUGCCAGCCAAGGCCCGGGGAGCCAGCAUCGCUGGGCCCCACCCAGCCCCCGCCCAGGACGGGGCUCCCACGGCGGCUGCACCCUCACAGCGCCCACCAGGCAGACGUGGAAACGGGCCGGUUACGAAGCUGCUGUGAAGCCAGACUGGUCGCUAAUGUUCUGACGCAGACCCGGGCCCUGCAGACGUGGGUUUACGACGCAAGGGCACAGCAGGGGCGGUUCCCAGGCCCACUUGAACUUUUAUGUGUCCGUGGCCGUUGCUAGUCAGUAAUAUUUGAUGUCAGUUUCCAGUACAGUAUGUGCUUUGCAUUGAAUGGCCCUGGGAAAGUUCGAGAGAAACCUGGAAAGAAAAAGACUGCACUCUAGGUAGAUGGGGAAACUGACAAACAUGUUUUCUAACAAGAACAGAAGUGAAUGCUUCUAGAUCAGCAAAGAGGAAGGAACAUUUUUAACCUCGGAAAUUGCUGAGAGCAACAAACGGGGCUACGUGACAAUGGAGACCUAGAGACAGUGAAAAUGGCUGAGAAACCAGCCUGGGGAAAUAUCUGAACCCAAUGGGGCCCUGACUUAGCCUCGACAAUGAGCUCACACACAGGGACAGUAACACAUGGUCACACCAGACAGGCGCGGGAAGGGCGCGGUGAGACGCGAGAGCAGCUAAAUGUGCAGAGACGAGCUCGCUGUGUUGGAAGAAAUGCAAAUUAAAGUGAGGUGCCCUUUGCGUUACCCAUAAAAGUGGGGAAAUAGGCUUUACCGGUGGACAUGCCCAGGGAGAUGGCCGCGCCCAGGACCCCAACAAAGCCACAAGGUGACCAAUCACUGUCCCUCUCGGGCCCUGGGAGUCCCGUAGCCUCUGACCUUCACCAGGGCACUCACCCCGUGAAAACGGCACCAAAGAAGAAGAAAGAAAAAAACCACAGUCUUACGUGCAGUUAUUUCAGACACAUUUCCACAACAGCAAAAAUAAUACUGGGCACAACCUCAAUGUAAAAAAUUAAGGCGCUAGAAAAUUCAGCAACCCAAAGAAACGUGCAGUGAUGCGGCUUCUGCCUUCUAAUCCGCAUGUGACUGACACGGCGGAGUAAAAACCAAACAGGCCCGACUGGGUGGCUCAGUGGUUGAGGGUUGACCUAGGAACCAGGAGGUCACGGUUCGAUUCCUGGUCAGGGCUCCGUCCCCAGCGUGAGGCGUGCAGGAGGCAGCCGAUCGAUGAUUCUGUCUCAUCAUGGCUGUUUCUCUCGCUCUCUCCCUCUCCCUUCCUCUCUGAAAUCAAUAAAAAUCUAUAUUUUUUUAAAUUGGCGGGGAGAGUUGUAAGCGCCCACAAAGGAGCGGAAGUAAAACGAAAACCUACCCUGAAAGCAGUCCAGGUCGGGCCUCGGCUGCCCGUGUCUGGGUGUGUCUGUCUCACGCUCCUGCCAGUCACCGUGAUGGACAGAGAAGCCCCGAGGCUGAGGGAGGACCCCCCCUUUGGCUUUGUUGACCCCUGACAGCAGGUGGCCAGGCAUCUCAGAAAGGGGAUUGAUUUUCUCCUCCUCCUGUGGGGAAGGGAGGACGCGGGCCUGGGUCCCUGGACCCGGGCUGGGCGCCCACCCGGGGAGGCCAAGCCGAGGCCCCAGUGCGGCCUCUGCUGCUUCCUGCCAUCAGACAGGUUCCGAAAGGCCCCGGGGCCCAGGCCCGCAGAGAGAAACCCCGUGUGCUCUGGGCCACCGACUUCCCUUGGGUGCGAGACCACAGCCCAGGAAGCAAGAGUCUCUGUGUUUUUAAUAAACAACCUAUUUCCACUUCCCCCACCCCCGCCCAGGCCCCGCUCGGCCGCUCGCCCAUCUUCUCGUUCCCCUGGCGUUCGUCUCUCCGUUUCAGAAUCCCUGGCGCUUUGGGGGCUCCGGGCAGAGGGUGCCCAAAGGGGGUGACGUCCAGGGGCUCUGGCCUGGCAAGCGGGCACGGCCUGAUGCCAUCAGGGGAAGGAGGCUCGGCCCCCAGGCCACCAGGAUGUGGGUGCCACUCCCAGCACCUGUGGGAUCAGACAUCAGGGCAACGUCUCCGCAUCUCCCAGCCCUCAGAUUCCACCCCCUGGGGUGUGGGGGGCAUCAGGGGUAACCCAAGCCCGGGGGCUGGAGCAUCCUGGAGGGAGGAGCAGACACCCCGUGGGCCCCGGCCUCCUCUCUUGUUGCCUUUGUCCAUCCGUAACAGGCCCGGGGAGGACCCCCUGGACACAUGCAGUUCCCGGGGGUUCGCGUGGGCCACAGGGACCCCGGGCUGCCAUCUUCGCCCCCAGAGCAGUCCUGGAUCGAGGCCCAGGUGGAUGAGGACAACGCCUGCCUCUCAGACUCUCGGAAGGGCCCUGGUUUCAAUCAUAAAUGGCUCAGCGGUUGAGCAUCGACCUGUGAACCAGGAGGUCACGGUUCGAUUCCCGGUCAGGGCACAGGCCCGGGUUGUGGGUCUGGGUAGGGGGGCGUGCAGGAGGCGGCCGAUCAGUGAUUCUCUCUCCUCAUGGACGUUUCCCCUUUCCUUUCUUCUUCUGCAUUCAGACAUUUACCCCAGCAUUUCAGGGAGAGGGAGGGAGGUCUGCAGUGAGGAUGAAGGAGCAGGAGCGGGUCUAUUCAGGAGAUGAAGUGCAACAUUGUUGCCGGCUCAGCAGAGAGCAGUCAGGGCCCGCCUGGGUGCUCCUUGCGGACUGAGUACCUGGAUGUCACCUGGCCAGAGAGGCCCAGCCACAUGUCAAAUGCACCUGAGAGCUCUGGUGACCGGCCAGCCCCUGUGUGGGAGGCAGGUCCCCGGCCCAGGCUCCCUGCAGGACGGUGGAUGGGCACAGGCGAGGCCCCAUCCCCACGGCCCACGCCAGUCUCAUGCGGCUCUGUCUCCGCACCUGCCCACACAGCAGCCGGGAGCCUGGGGGGCUCCAGGGCACCCCCGCUCUUGCACCCCGACAUCAGGCGGCUCCCCGGGGCGGCCAGGCGGGGUUCCCAGCCCCGAGGACUUUUCCUCCACGGACCCAGCAAUGAAGUUUCCAUUCCUGGCCCGGGGCCACCAUCUGCAGUGGGGGAGCUGCCCCACCCCGACACCCUCCUCCCCUCCUCCACCACCACCUUCCUGCCCACCCAUCCCCUGGGCCCGGGAGGCAGGAAGGGAGGUGCUGGGCACCCACAGAACUGCCGCCACCACCUGCGCCCCGCGCUGCGUCCUGGGUGCGCACAGUCCUGGCCCCGCCAUGCCCCCCACCGCGCCGCCCUGGAGCCCCAGCCCGACAUCGGCGCCCUGGGAGUACUCGGGGUCCGGGUCCGGGUGGGGCGUCCUGGACGAGGAGCUGGCGCUGUGCGCGGCUGGGGAGCUGCCCCACGCGCGCGCUGUGGUCCCCGCGCUCUACCUGACGGCCUGCGCCCUGGGCCUGCUGGGCAACGGGCUGGUGCUGCGGCUGCUGGCCCGGCGCGGCCCGCGGCGGCUGGCCGACACCUUCGAGUGGCACCUGGCGGCCGCCGACCUGGGCCUGGUGCUCACGCUGCCGCUCUGGGCCGCGGCCGCGGCGGGGGGCGGCCGCUGGCCCUUCGGCCGCGCGCUCUGCAAGCUCAGCAGCUUCGCCGUGGCCUCCUCGCGCUGCGCGGGCGCCCUGCUGCUGGCCGGCCUGGCCGCCGACCGCUACGUGGCCGUGGUGCGCCCGGUCGGGGCGCGGCCGCUGCGCUCCCCGCGGUGCGCGCGCUCCCUGUGCCGGGGCGUCUGGGCCGCGGCGCUGCUGGUCGGGCUGCCCGCCCUGGUCUCCCGGGACCUGCAGCCGCGGCCCGACGGCGCGGGCAGCCAGUGCGGCGAGCGGCCCUCGGACGCCUGGCAGGCGCUCGGGCUGGGGCUGCUGCUGCUGACCUGCGCGCUGCCGCUGGGCGCCUCCCUCUUCUGCUACUGCCGCCUGGCGCGCCGCCUGCGCCGGGCCCCGCGCCUCGGCCGCCUCCCCGCUGCCUCGCUGCGCAUCAUCUGCGCCGUCGAGGGCGCCUUCGUGGGCUCCUGGCUGCCCUUCGGCGCCCUGCGCGCCGCCCUGCACCUGGCGCAUCUCCAGACGCUGCCGCUGACCUGCCCGCUGCUGCGGGCGCUGCGCUGGGGCCUGGCCCUCGCCACCUGCCUCGCCUUCGGCCACGGCUGCGCCAACCCGCUCAUCUACCUGCUGCUGGACCGCUCCUUCCGCGCCCGGGCAUGGCGCCUGGCGCGCGGGCUCAGCUCCGGGGACCCCAGCGCCGACGGGCGGGGCGCGGCCGACAGCGGGGGACAAGCGCGGACGGAGAGCCGGCACCUGGCCCGCGCGCGCGUAGCGGCCCCAGCCCCGCGGAGGCCCCGGGAGGCGGCUGGAUCUCCGGCGCGUCUCCUCUGCUGGUAGCGGGCCUCUCCGCGGGCACCGGGGUACCGGGUCUUCUCCGCCGCCGUCGGCUUCUCCGAACCUCAGCGCUUCCUGGACGCCCCCCUCCCCAGCCAGGCUGCGGGCCCAGCGCUCCCUCCGCGCAGUGGGCGCCUGGGCGAAGGCGCUCCAGUCCCUUCAGGAUCCCGUGAAGCCAGCGGACAGCAGCGGGGACACCCGCAGGCUCGCCAGGCACAGGAGAGGGGAGUGGGUUCCCCGCGGCACCCCGGAAUUUCCAACUCAGAGCCCCAAAGCCAUUGUCUUCAGCUGCAGCUUCUCUGGCCCCGACGACAGCCUCCGUCUCCUAAGAACCGCACCAGACCUCGCGCCUCUCCAAAAACCUCCCGCCAGUGGGAACCAGCCGCCCUUUGAGUGUCAUCUCUGGCGACUGGGCCGAGUCAUGAGUCACCAUCGAUUCAGAUUCUCGCUUUCAAAGUUCCCCAAAGCCCUGGGAACGGGCCCGUGUCUGCCACCCGGUGUAUUCGCCCGGGGAUGGGUUUCCCCGCUCCCGGGCAGCGGGACUCACCUGGCAGCCACCUGGCCCUUCCCUGGGACCCGGGACCGGGAACCCGUCGCCAGGGGCGGGGGUCUCUGUGCGCAUCACCGCCCUCGGUCCCCGCUCUGCUCCCCGGAGCCUGGCCGGGUGCCUCUGUGCCUGAGCGGCCGCCGUGAAAUGAGUGGCAGGGGCGGCUGAACUGGGGGGUCAGACCACGCUCCACGGGGGCCCCUGAGGUUGGCCUCGGGCCCCUGAGGAUUUGGGGUGAUGCCCCCACCGUGGGCGGUAGCCGCAUCCACCUGGGCGGAGCCAUCCACAGGCCAGCGGCGGCGCUCGUCGGUUCUUCUGCUUAUUAUUAUUUUAAAAGACGUUUGUUUCCCAGUUUGAAGGUCACCGAGGGGAAAAAACAAAACAACACAAAUGCAAGGGCACCUGCCAGCCAGGUGUCGCUUCAAAGAGGGGACGUGCCCUUUGUGGGUUUCACAUGGGCACCAGCCGGCUCCUGUGGGUCCUGGGACCACCGGGGACAGGUGUGUGGAUUAUCCGCUUUCUCCGCAUUCUGCG